AUGAGUGCGACCACCGUUAUCACCACCACCCUUGAUAGAGGGCAACUUCGCCAUAUCCGUAAAGUCUUGGUGGCCAACCGAGGCGAAAUUGCCGUUCGCUGUAUCAAAGCUUGUCGCGAGCUGGGCGUUCAAAGCGUCGCAAUUAUCACCGCAGCCGACGCUACUUCCCUUCAUGCUCAAUUGGCAGAUGAAGUAUAUACGCUACCCGGGAGUGAAAGCACAGCUUAUAUCGAUGGGGAUGCUAUCCUGGAUAUUUGUGCAGACUGUGGUGCCGAUGCUAUAAUCCCCGGCUAUGGAUUUUUGAGCGAGAACGUUGAAUUUGCUGAAGCCGUGGCCAAGGCCGGUAUAACAUUUGCUGGUCCAUCGUCUGCGUCAAUCAAGUCCAUGGGUCUCAAGCAUGAGGCCAAAAGAAUAGCUGAAGCUGCGCAUGUUCCGACCAUCGUUGGAACGUCUCUACUGUCAUCUGCAGAGCAUGCCAUCGUAAGUGCUAAGCGAAUUGGCUUUCCAGUCAUGAUGAAAGCGACUGGAGGAGGGGGUGGGAUGGGUUUGCAAAUAUGUUAUAGCGAGGAGGACGUGGAGCAGGCUUUUGCGCUAGUCGAAAGCCGGUCCGGUGCGCUUUUUGGUAAUAGCGGAACCUUUCUGGAGAAAUACUACCCACACUCUCGGCACAUUGAAGUCCAGGUUGCUGGCAAUGGAGUCGAUGUUGUAACUUUUGGAGAGCGCGAGUGCUCUUUACAACGCCGACAUCAGAAGAUCAUUGAAGAAUGUCCAAGUUCAUUUGUGGAGCGCACACCUGGAUUACGCGAGAGGAUGCUGCAGGCAGCUAUUCGCUAUGCCUCCCAACUCAAUUACAAGAGUGUUGGCACCGUUGAAUUCCUGGUGGACGACGAGACCGCCGAUUACUUCUUCCUUGAAAUGAAUACUCGUCUUCAAGUAGAGCACGGGAUCUCUGAGCUAUGCUAUGGCGUUGAUUUAGUACACUUGAUGCUUCAGCAAGCCGACCACGAGCAUGGAGGUCAGAAAGGCAUCCCUUCUGAUAUUCUGAAGAAUCUCGGUAGGCCCCAACCUUUGGGGUGGGCCAUCGAAGCCCGCAUAUAUGCCGAAGUGCCGUUGCGCGAUUUUGCACCCAGCCCAGGUGUUCUUCAACAUGUUCGUUGGCCAGAAGGUGAUGGAGUGCGCAUCGACACGUGGGUGAAAAGUGGUCAACGCAUCAGUGCACUCUACGAUCCUCUGAUUGGUAAGGUCAUGGUGCACAGCCUCGACGGUCGACUGGCUGCUCAGCAAAAGAUGCUUGCUACACUCGCCGAAACAUCGCUUCAAGGUACUCAGACAAAUCUGCAAUACCUUUCCAAGGUGCUUCAGUCUGAUGAGUUUACCGCCGGGUUUACAUUGACAAACUUCCUGUCUACAUUCGAAUUUCGCACAAAUGCCGUGCAGGUCCUAGAUCCUGGGCUAUACACGACAGUUCAGGAUUAUCCUGGUCGUGCUAUGGUCGGUCAUGGAGUCCCACCGAGUGGGCCUAUGGACGACCUGAGCAGCAGAGCAGCCAAUGUUUUGGUCGGUAACGAUAUCGGAGUUGAAGUCCUGGAACUGACCAUGACUGGCCCUGAGCUUUUGUUCCACGAGUCAGCCGUGAUAUCAGUCUGCGGUGCCCGAAUGCCACUCACGAUCGAUGGUCUCGAAAAACCAAUGUGGUCAAGACUCAUUAUCAAAAAGGGACAGAUUCUCAAAAUUGGCUCUGUGGUCGGUAAUGGCCUCAGGACCUAUAUUGCUUUCAAGGGUGGCUUCCCUCAAGUUCCUCUCUAUCUUGGCUCAAAAUCUACCUCUCCAGAGCUGCAGCUCGGUGGUCUUCAAGGACGCCGCCUUCAAGCAAAUGAUAUCCUUGAUCUCUCUCCUCAGUCAAGCGAGUGGGUGGAUACAGCUACAUCCGUUUCGCUGCCGCAAGAAGCUCUUCCUGACUACAAUGUCUUCGAGAUCUACUGCCUCCAGGGCCCCUUCGGCUCGGACGAUAUAUUGACCCAAAACGGGCGAGAUACGAUCCAUUCGUCUACAUGGACCGUCGGCCCUAACAGCGGCCGGAGCGGAGUAAGACUAGAAGGCCCACGUCUCAAGUGGGCUCGUGCCAGCGGUGGUGGCGGUGGAUCCCAUCCAUCCAAUGUCUUCGAUUACGGCUAUCCAAAUGGCGGCGUCAACUGGACGGGAGAGUACCCCAUCAUCUUUGCACGGGAUCGUCCCGAUCUGGGCGGCUUUGCUUGUGCUAUCACAGUUUGCUCUGGGGAAAUGUGGAAAGUCGGUCAGCUUAAACCUGGUGGCUCGCUUCGAUUCCGCAUGACUACUUUCAAGAACGCGAUGAAGAUUUCUCGCGCCAAGGAAUCCUGGCUUGAUGCACUUCGUCUGUAUGCUACAGAUGAGAAUAUACCAGUGCCUUCUCCUCACGUCGAGCUAGGUCCGGAGGCCACUUCAUCGAUUUUGAAAACAAAGCCUUCUUCUGAUAUAAACCCUCGAGUCACCUUCCGACAAGGUGGCGAUACCAGCAUAAUUGUUGAGUUUGGAGAGCAAAUUGCGGAUUUGCGAAACACCGCUAGUGUCAAGCUUCUCAGUGAGCGGCUGGACAAACGAAACUUGAAUGGUGUUCGCUAUGAGCCAAACCUUGCCACAUUGACCGUCCAUUAUGACCCGUUCCAGCUGCAUCAAAGCAAACUGCUCCAGAUUCUUGAGGCACUACACUCCAGCAUUGGUGAUAUCUCAGGAGUUCAGCUUCCUGUCCGAGAAAUCCACCUCCCACUUUGCCUGGACCACCCUAGCAUCCAAGAAGCCACACAGCGUUACAUGGAAAGUAUCCGGCCCACCGCAGCUUACCUCCCCGAUAACGUGGAGUACAUACGAAAGGGAAACGCACUUGAGUCAAGACAAGAUGUCUUCGACUCACUUCUCAAAACACCAUGGCUCACAGUAGCAGUGGGUUUCUUCGUCGGAACGCCAAUCAUGUUCCCACUGGACCCGCGCUACCUCUACACUGGCCAAAAGUACAACCCCAACCGUUCAUACACACCCAGUGGCUCUGUAGGUCUUGGGGGAUCAUUGCUUGCGCUAUACCCCAUAGCGGCGCCGGGAGGUUACCAGCUUAUGGCUCGCACGCUUAGCGCGUGGGACUCUGCGGGCACGCGGCCUGGAUUUUCUGAAUCACGGCCGUGGCUGUUCAAUUACUUUGACAUUGUCAAGUUCUAUGAAGUCACAGAAGCAGAAUUUAACAAAGCCGAGAGUGACUUCCUUGCUGGAAGAUACUCGUUCAAGAUCACCGAUUCAACGCUCGACAUGAACCACUACAUUGCCAAGUUCGAUACCGCUGGGCGUGAUUCGAACUGGCAGGAGUGGCGAACGCGGCAAACCCUUGCUGCGGUGGAGAUGGGUGAGCUUGAGCAAAAACUCUUCGAUGAGUGGAGUGCGGCGAAGGCUAUCGCCAGCACUCGCGAAGACCUAGAUGAUGUCGACUCGCCUGAUGUGGUUCGAGUUGAGUCGCCGGUCGAUGCCAAUGUUUGGAAGGUACAAGUCAAAGUCGGUGAUCUUCUUGAAAAGGGACAGGUCGUGGCCAUUUUGGAAGCCAUGAAGAUGGAGAUUAAUGUAUACGUCACGGAGGCUCAGGUCGGUGCCCGAGUGGCCUCCAUUCUCUGUCGACCUGGGAGUGUGACUGGUCCUGGAAGUACAAUUUUGACAGCCAAGCAUGGCUGGGUAGAUAGGUAA